AAGGAAGCAAACCAUUACAGGUGAAUCCGGUGAAACGUUCGACUAAAUAUUUUUUAUUUAUUUACAUUGUGUAUUGCACGUUUAGUUGUGUUUAUCGAUCGAAUACAGGCAACAUGUUUUAUAUCUUACUUUUAACCACCACCAUCACAUCAUGCUUAGCAAAUGCCAAUCAGAAUACCGCUGACACCAUAGUGUAUACGAAGCAUCGUGAUGGACCUAAUUAUCACGGUGUUCGCUAUGAUGACAAUGAUGAUCAGAAAGGUUACAGUGUGAAACUACACGAUGAUGAUAAUUUCCGAGGACCUGUAAUCCUGCGCACUAAUAACCUUCACAAUAAUCAUGGUCACGUUCCGGAUAUAGAAAAACAAAACAAGAUCAUCGCAGAAGUCUUCAGCCCGGACUAUCAUCAGCCUACAUUGGUACUAGACUACCGAUAUAUGAAGACGGGUGGCAGAGAUUACACCAGAGGUCCCGGCGGUCAGAUAAUUAUCCUCCCCAGGAACGUGCACACCGAUGAACCCAAAGAAUUCAGAGACUUUGACAGUCUACUCGAACACCUCCGUCUGAGGAAUUUGGCUAAGAAGUUUGAGUAUAAAUGGGACACAGAUCGACUUCAAAACAGAGAACCAAAUAAAACGCCUGAAUCAUUCUGGAACGCAAAACAUUAGAUAAAUCAUGACGCUAAUUAAAAGAAAACUAUUUCAUUACAAUAUAUAUUGGAUUCACCAACGUU